AUGGCAUCCGUAAGUCAAAUUUUUGGCCUUUCGGGACCUUUAUGGCUCACUGAUGUUGAUUGGGAAAAUUCCAAUCACAGAAGAUCAGUUGUUGCAAGCUUGGUCCAAGGAGUGUACACUCUAGAAACGGACCGCCAACAGAACCGCCAAGGCCACCAAUCUGAAGCUUCUCCAUGGUGGAACUCCUUCCAGUUUCAAUUAAUCACCCCACUUGUAGAUCCUGUUGAUUUCUCAAUCUUUGGCGCCAUUUAUCAAUAUAAUCCAUCUGUUUGCCAUCACAGAGCCCCAAAAUAUGUCAUUGCCUUCCGAGGAACACUAAACAAGCUAGAUACCUUAUUAAGAGAUUAUAAGCUGAACAUCAAAGUCUUCCGCAGCAAACUUCAUCUAGACAUCCGGUUUCAUCGGGCAUUGAAGGCUGUGCAGGAUGUAGUUGAAGAAGUAGGACCAGAAAACGUCUGGUUAGCCGGGCAUUCACUUGGAUCAGCUAUUGCCUUGCUUGUAGGGAAGAAUAUGGCAAGGCUAAAUUAUCCUCUUGAAACUUACCUUUUCAACCCACCAUUCACUUCUUUCCCCAAGUUGAAGCAAGGGAUUCGCAUUGCAAGCAGUUUUAUCAAAGCUGGAAUUGCUGCUGUAACGGGCAAACACCAAACAGAUGACUCUUUUUUUGCAUUAUCUAACUGGUCUCCUAACCUGUUUGUUAACCGAGCUGAUCAUAUUUGCUCUGGAUAUAUUGAUUAUUUUGAGCAUAGGAAAAAGAUGGAGGAGGUUGGAGCUGCAGAGACUGAGAGACGUGCAACACAAAUUUCUAUAGUGAAUAUGAUAUUAGGUGAACGAGAGAGGGAUUGCGAACCCCUGCAUCUGCUGCCUUCAGCUUAUCUGACUGUUAAUAUGAUUCAGUCUCCAGAUUUUAAGCGAGCUCACGGAAUUCAGCAGUGGUGGGAUCCUAGUUUUUAUGGCCAGUCGGAACUUCACUUGCUCAGAUAAUGUAGGUUAUUUUCACUUUGUAGGAUUGCUUG